AUCAUCGCGCACGCAUCCCGCACCUCCGCCAACACAGCAAUGGGGGCAGAGAACUCGAAACCCUCCUCGGAGGUCAGCCAGCAUGUCUUCUCGCCCGAUCAUCCCGUUCGGUUCUCGAAUGAACUCGUCGGUUCGAUCCAAAAGAACACUUUUACGGACUCAACACGCUCCAAGCAGCAAGAACUCCAAUACCAGGAACGUCUAACCGCCGAGCUCGAGAAGCUGCGCGAGCAAGAAACACAGAACUUCUCCAAGUUCAGCGAAGCCCUCUCCGGCGAACCUGAGCAGCCCAGCGAACCCUCCCUCGUCGAGAAGAUAUCAGACGCAACUUCGUCCAAGUCGACACUCGCGGAGAAGCAACGACAGAAGGACAUGAGCAACCAGAGUGUGACCAAAGAGAUCGAGCAGUUGAAGGCGAAGCUCGAGAAGAGGCGGAAGCUGGAGCAGGUCGAUGCGGAUGUGAGCAAGGCGAAGGAGGCUGUCGUUGCUUGUUUGAGGACGAAUGACCGACGGCCACUCGAUUGCUGGCAAGAGGUCGAGGCAUUCAAGAAGGAGGUGGGGCGGUUGGAGAAGGAUUUUGUGGAGAGGACAAUUAGAUGAGGGACCAGAUGAAGGCAUUCUCGUGAAGUUUCAGCUAGGGCUUUUGUAUAGAUAGGCUGGGUGAGGUAUAGUACCCGGGUGGGCUGUUCCCUGUUCAAGUCUCAUGAGACUCGUUCAUCUCCUCCUUCUCUUUUCACAUCGUCCUCUGCCCUCACAUUAUUUCUCGUGCCUACGCCUGGCUCUACGGCGCGUGACCAAGCACUCACAUGUUCGCAUCCAGUGGUUCGACUUUCUCUUAUGGGAGCUACACCAUCUUAUUUCUUUCCACACACAUGAAGCCCAGGUUUAUAAGCUUCCUAUUUCAUUCACAUCAAGCCUAAAUCUACAAGUACUUCCCCUCACCCCACAUUCACCGUUGUUUAUACGCUUCACCCCCGUUUGUUGCAUCACAUGACGUGCACGAAUCCUCAUUCACCAUGUAUACGCAACUCCCGGCAGAUUGGUAGCCGUUACCAUAGCUUUAAGCGUGU